AAAGUAUAGAUGUUUAUCUUUCAGUGGAUUUUAAUGAAAUUGAACAUAUAUUAAUUAAGUUCUUGCAUCUACAACUAUUAGUAAGUUCUUGGAGAAAAAAAAAAGGAAGGAUUUUGAUAGGACUGUUUUGGAUGCAAAAUUGGAUCUUGUGGGUGCUAGUUAUGAAUCAAUGUUGGUUAUAAGCUCAAAAGCAGGACAUUGGUGGGAAAGAAAAUGUUCUAGUGAAGAUACUUCGCAUUUUUUUUUUUCACUAAACUUCUGUUAAGUGCCUUGAGGCUCUUAAGCUGUUGAUAGAUGGCUUGAAAGAGGAAACUUUGAAAGUGAAAAAGGUUCAUACUGCCUAAUGCCAUAGCUCUAAAGGGAUAUUGGCACCCUUCAAUCAUAAUCUUCAGGGGAUACUCAUAAGGACAAAGAUGACUUCAAGAGGAGAUGGUGUGUGUUUCCUACCUGACAUAGGCACAUGGCUUAUUGAGUGAUUGGAGUGUUGGAAGGGUAUGGAAUAAACAUUUUAUGGUUGAUGUAAAAAAUUAUGAUUUCAAUUUGGACAUUGGUUCAAGUGGAGCCCCCAUUGGGAUGGGACACUGUUGUCAUGUUUCAUGCAUAAGAUUGCCUUAGAAAAUGUCAUUGUUCCACUACAGAAAGAUGCCUUAAGGUUAAUUGGAAGUGUUUUUUUAUUCUGCUGGUGAAAAGUGCAAAGUCUUCUUUAAAAAAUCUGAUGCAUGAUUUUCUCUUGGUAAUUUUUGCAGGUCAUGGUAGCUGUAUAUUUCCUGGAAGGCUCUUCACUUUCUCUUUUCUCUACAUAGUUGUCAAAAGAUGGAAAGUGCAAAAGGGGAUAACUUAAGUUGAGCAACUUGCAUUUUGGUUUUAAUGACUAAUGGUGGUCUCAUUUCUGGUGCAGCAAGAAAAUAAGCAAUAAAACGAGGACGAGUGCGAACGCAACUGUAUCAAGUGGUGCAGCACAUAGUUUAAGGUUAAUCAGCUUCAAAAGCAGUAGAAUAAUCACAAUUGAUAAGGCUUUAAAUGCUUUCUUGGCUGUAACUUUCUCUGUUUUGGUAUAUACAUUCCUUUUGUAAGUGGGUGUUGAGGUGCAAAAACAAAGCAAUUUUUUCGAGCGUAUUUUUAUUAUUUAAAUGUUCAAUUAAUUGAUGAUUAAAUAUUGCUUCCAAAGUUUUGCUUUUUACUCAAAAUAUUAGGAGUGAGAGAUUGAAUUUUCGGCUUCACCUAUUUUGGAAAAUUUUAUAAUUUUAUUUGGAAUGACUUAUCUACGUGGUGCAUGAUUACAAUGGCCACGUCCAAAAGAGUUUUUUUUUUUAUAUAUAAUUAAAUUUAAUUGAAAACCCAAUGGGCUUCGUUAUAGUACAGUUUCCCUAAAACCUAAAUAAACCCACAAGAAAUCAAGCCCAUGAAUCAUCAUCAUUGCCAUUGGCGUUCGACCCCUCGAAACCGGCAACAAGUUUGAAGUUUGAAUUCGAUGGCAGUCUUAUUGUGCAAAGGAACUUUAUUUCCGUUCCAAUCCAUUCUCUGCCAAACCAAAAGAGAACUUAGCAAAACCUUAAAUCUUUUUGUCGUUUCAAAUCCAAUGUCUUGGACCUGCAAGAAAUGCACUUUCAUCAACUCCCCUUCUCCGAAACCCACCUGCCAAAUAUGCCUAUCGCCAGCUUCUCCUUCUCUUCUUUCUCCUUCCUCUUCUCAACAAGACACCGAAAAGUGGGCGUGCAAGGCUUGCACUUUCUUGAACUCUUACAAGAGCACAAGCUGUGAAAUAUGUUGUACUAGGCAAUCUGUUUCUUCCCUUUCGAGUUUCGAUGAUUUGAAUGAUAUUGGUGUCGAUGAUGACUUGGAUUCUUCUGUUGGUUCUGUUUUCCUGCCCUUGAGGACUUGUAAGAGAAAGAUUAGGGAUUCGGAUUCUGUUGGGUUGAGUAGCUUUUGUGGAAUUCACGCCUCAAAUAAGGCAAUCGAUGUCAAGGAUGGGGCGGAUGAGGAUCGUGUUAAAUUGGGCGGAUUUCAGGGGUUUGGGGCAUCAAACAAGGCAGUGACUGUUGUAAAGAGGGACACCAGUUCACCAGCAGUUUUGAGUUCAUUCAAGAUUUUGAGCUACAAUGUUUGGUUUCGAGAAGAUCUAGAGCUGGAUAAGAGGAUGAAAGCUCUUGGUGACCUGAUUCAACUUCAUUCACCUGAUGUGAUUUGUUUUCAGGAGGUUACUUCAAGUAUAUACCACAUAUUUAGGCAAUCCAGCUGGUGGAGAGGAUACCAUUGCUCUGUUAAAAAUGAAAUGGCAAUUCAAAGACCAUACUUUUGCAUGCAGUUAAGCAAACUUCCGGUAAAAUCCUUUAGUUGUAGGCCCUUUAACAAUUCUAUAAUGGGGAGAGAGCUUUGCAUUGCCGAGCUUGAAGUGCAGCCAAACAACCCAUUGGUUGUUGCCACGAGCCAUCUCGAGAGUCCCUGCCCUGCACCACCAACAUGGGAUCAGAUGUUCAGCAAGGAGCGUGUAUAUCAAGCAAAGGAGGCCAUCAACCUUCUCAAGACUAAUCCUAAUGUGAUUUUUGCUGGGGACAUGAACUGGGAUGACAAAUUAGAUGGUCAGUUUCCUUUACCUGAUGGAUGGGUUGAUGCUUGGACAGAGUUAAAACCUGGGUGCAACGGAUGGACUUAUGAUACAAGGUCCAAUCAGAUGUUGUCUGGUAACCGGAUGUUGCAAAAGCGACUUGAUAGAUUCAUAUGCAAUCUGCGUGAUUUCAAACUAAGUGAAAUUGACAUGAUUGGUAAGGAUGCAAUACCAGGUUUAUCGCAUGUCAAGGAGAAGAAAGUGAGAAAAGAGGUAAAGAAGCUGGAGCUUCCUGUUUUGCCAAGUGAUCAUUAUGGCUUGCUUUUAACAAUUUCUGGCCGCUAAUGUUGGCAAUUGGUCAGGAAAUACUAACCCAUUUGCUUUUAUAUGCAUUUUGUACAAACAACAAAUGAAACGGUGUGAAGGCUUGAGAGCAUUUUGGGAAGCAUGUAGCUUCCAAUUUUGUAUUAAGCUCGUUGAAUGGAGAUGAUAUAAAAUCCUUGAUUGUUUGAAUCAGGUU